AUGAGGCCACUAGCACGGUUCGAGAGGUACUACGUGGCGUUUUUCGCUCCAAAUAUCGUCGAUCCAUACGAGAAGUGGCUAUUUGCGUGGGACCCAAUCCCCACCGUAUCAACCACGCUUAUAAAUGCCGGUUUCCAAUAUGUGGUGUUUUUUUUUCAAUAUGUGAUGCAGAAGACUCGCAUGACGAAAACUGUGGCGCAUCAUGCAGUGCACUGUCAGAUGUGGAAAAACGCCGCAUUAAUCGACAGUUGUUUUUGGUAG